AUGCAGCAAAGCACAAAGCCUGCGAAGUCUGCUGGAAUGCUAAGGGUCUAUUUUGCAGAUAAUACGUACAAAACGCUGCAGCUUACGGAAGACUCUUCAGUGCAGGAGGUCAUCCAGAGCCUUUGCCACAAGCUGAAAGGGGAUCCCAGCAGGUAUGAACUGCUGAUCAUUGCACCGAUGGGCCCUUUACGAGAGAGAAAGCUCUUGUCAGAAGAUCGACCUCUGCGGAUACAGGAGAAAGCUGGGUGCACGGCCUACAAGUUCCUGCUCCGAGAAGUUCGUCGAUCCAGCACCUUCGAAGGCGAUGAAGGUGAUGUGGACUGGCCAUUGCCUUCAGUAUCAGAGGAUGGCAUCUUGCAGAGGGGUGAGUUGGAAUGCCUCACAGAGAGUGGUUGGCGAAGAUGUAGUGUUGUUUUGGACAGAGAGAGCUUUUGGCACUCAAAUCCUGAGGCUCCGCAACUGGGCUCUGGCAUGAUCAAGCUGCCAUUGCAGCGGUUCGACCGGGUGGAAGCACUAGAGGAGGAGGGCAGUUGCAGCCUGCGAAUUCGGAGCAGCGGCGGAGAGAGCACCUGGCGAGCAAGGAGCCCACGACUCGAUACGCAAGCUGAAUGGGCAAGCUGA